UCCACAGACAACACACACUCACGCACUAAAAAUUUCCUGGUUUUCUCAUAUUUUCCGCAAAGAUAGUAAAGCAAAUUCGUAUCCUAAGAAUCACCGCAGAUCGUCUAUGACACCAACAUGAUACGUUCGGUAUUGAAUGUUUUCUCGUGCUCCAUUUUCUCCGGAGCAUCACUAUUUUCGUGGGAUAUUAUGACACGGAGAUUUUGUCGGGAUCUUUCUCUGCUACAUGUUCCUUAGUUUGACGGGCUUUGGUCUUUUGACCCUUUUUCUCUAAGUCUUGAUCCGUCUCAUCAUAUAUUGUUUGCAAGGACAUAGAAGAUAUUAGUAUUACUUGAGCUUUUCAUCGAAUUUGUGGGUGCUUUUGUGAGAUUUCUAGAUAAGGGUCGGUUGAUAUUGGACAAAAUACCUUUUGUUCAUCAGUAGUUUAAAGAAAUCUUUCUCCAAUCGAAGCUUUGUGGUGGUGAAGCUUACCGAUCACACACUGAUCCAAAGGCCCUUUAUAUCUGUUCAUAGAAGCCCACCUGUUUGAUAUUUGAAUCAGAUUGAUAGAGUUAUGUCAUUGCAAAAACGGAUGGGAGAGACCGAGGAGGAGCAGAAGAGGGCUAAACAAAAGCUCAGCGUUACUGAGGUGGAGGAGGAUCUUGUUCUUAAUCAUCAGGUUGAUAUGCACGAGGAAGGGGAACUAAUGAUGGAGCUUGAAAAUAUGAAGAAGUUGCUCUCUGAUUUGCAAAAUGAAUUGAAGAAUAAGGAUGAAAAGAUCGAUUCUUUAGAAACGGAGGUUGGAAAAGCAAGAGAGGUCGAGUUGGUGUUGGCGGAGAGGGAUAUGUAUUUGGAGAAGUUGAACGAGGAAUUGAGAAUUGCAAGGGAGAAGGAGCAAGAUAUGACGGUGUUGCUCUCUGAAAAUAAGAGAAGGAUUCAAGAACUAGAAGCAGAAGCAGAAAGCGAGAAGCAGUCGGAGUCCAUAAUGGUUGAUACGUUUGAAGUUCGGUCUAAAGAGCUUGAGGCAACGAAGAUUGAACUCGAGAAAUCAAGGUCUGAAAUCAGUACUUUAAGGAAUCGGGUUGAAUCGUUGGAAGAAAUGUCGAGGAAAAAUAACAGAGAGGUUGAAUGUUUGAGUAGUGAAGACAGCGGUAGUAGUGAAGACAGCAGUAGUUCUAAAGACAUGGAGAUCAAAAGUCUCAUUGUUGAGCUGCAGAUGACAAAGGAGAAUCUGGCUCAAGCCCAAGAAUGUGAAAAGCAGGCGUUGCUUAAGGUGACUUGUCUACAUGAUGAAACGGAAGCACUCAAAAUGGAAUUGAAUAGAGCUCUUGAGGCUGACGAGAAGAGUACAAAGGCCUUGGAAGACUUAGCUUUCGCACUUAAAGAAGUUUCAACAGAAGCCAAUUACGCAAAGGAGAAGAUGAGUUUUACAAUAAUCGAGCUUGAGCAAGUGAAAGGAGAAGCUGAACUGCUGAAGACAAUGUUAAGAAACACUGAGGAAAGUUUUCAAAAGCUCUUAAAUCAAGCUAGACAAGAGGCAGAGUUAAACAAAAACACUGCAGAGAGACUGAGAUUAGAAGCAGAGGAAACAGUCAUGGCUUGGAAUGGGAAAGAAAUGGGCUUCGUUGGUUGCAUAAAAAGAGCUGAAGAGGAAAGGGUUAUCACACAAAGUGAGAACUGUAAACUUGUCGAGUCGCUGAAAGCAGCUGAAACUAUGGCACGGGCAGCAAGGGAAGAAACGCACAAAUUGCGGGACAUACUUAAGCAGGCUAUCAGUGAAGCCAAUGCUGCAAAAGCAGCUGCAGAUAUUGCUCGAGAGGAAAACUAUCAACUGAAAGAUUGUCUUUCCGAAAAGGAGGAGGAAUUGCAUUUCCUUACAGAGGAAAACAAACGCCUUACAAUUAGCGAAGCAGCAGCUCAAGAGCAUGUGAGGGAGAUUAAUAGAUUGCUCUCAUCAGUUUCAUCAGAACUGAAGACGGAGGAUGUGGAGGAAAAUGGGAUUCUGAGCUCACCUGAUUCGGAUGAUCAACGAGACAAGAUGGACAACAGUGAGACUUUCAGCUUUAAUCUUGAAGGCCUAAAGUUCAUGACUGAACCUGAAGAUUCAGUCAACAAAGUUUUGGAUAAAGAUCCCAUGAAGGGAGGAAUACUGAAAGGCUCAAUAUUUGAUACUGAUGCAGAAACACCAUUGUCAGAGCCUCGUACACCAAUACCAGUUCUUUCCCACGAAAGGAGGUAUUCGUUUGCCUUCAUAGAUGAUGAAGGAUCAACAGAUUCAGCCGAUUUUUAUCACUCAGACAGUGCACUCGAUGAGCCAGAUAGCAACGGAAGUUCCAAAAAACGAUCGAAAUCAAUGUUGCAGCGAGUGGGAAGUCUGAUGAUGGCCAGAAAAAGUCCAUCCAACGGGAAGACCAUUGUGGCACAGCCUUUGGCCUGAAAAUGGUUAAAGUGUUGUUGCCAAGUAGAUUUCUUCAAUGUACAUCUCAAACAUGUUACAUAUAGUGAAGGAAAACAAGAAAGAAUAUUGCCUGAUUUUCAUACAUUAAAUGAAAUCUUGAUCAUGUCUUAGCAUCUUACUGAUGGAACCUCUUACAUAUGACAACCAUCUUCUUAGAUAUUGUUUAGUUUGUGUAGGAGUAAGCAUACGCAGUCAAAAACUAAACUACAAAGAGUGAGUUGUAUAGCAUUGUAUGAAUACUAUAAUCUAUACUAUAUAUUAUGGGAAAAUCCCUAUACUACCUACCUGUU